AUGCCACGGUUUCACUGUUACUCGUGGAAAGUUUUUGCAUCGUUCGUGAUGCUGAGCCACUUCGUCACGGAAUGUUGGACAAAAAGUGUUCCAGGUGUCGCGCAAGGUUCCUUCCCGCUAACACUCAUCCACAUCAACGAUCUACAUGCGCGGUUUGAUGAAACGAACCAGAAGUCAUCCGAUUGUACCGAUCCGAAGGAAUGUAUUGCCGGAAUAGCGCGAGUCUACCAUACGAUCAAGAAGCUGAAGAACGAGUAUAAAUCGAAAAAUCCACUGUAUCUCAAUGCGGGAGAUAACUUCCAGGGGACGCUAUGGUACAAUCUGCUGCGCUGGAACGUGACCGCCCACCUGAUCAAGAAGCUUCCACCAGAUGCAAUGACUCUCGGCAACCAUGAGUUUGAUCACAGCCCGAAAGGUCUCGCACCAUAUCUGGCCGAACUUGAAAAAGAGAACAUUCCAACGGUUGUUGCUAAUCUUCAGCUGAAUGGAGAACCAGAGUUGAAGAAAUCGAAAAUUGCGUCCAGUAUCGUGCUGGAUGUAGGAGAUCGUAAGGUUGGAGUCAUCGGAGCCCUGUACGAUAAGACACAUCUGUUGGCCCAAACGGGAAAGGUUACGUUGUCCAACUCCAUCGACGCGGUGCGAAAGGAGGCACAAAAAUUGAAGCAGGGCAAAGUGGACAUCAUCGUUGUCCUGUCCCAUUGUGGCUUGGACGGUGAUAAACAGUUGGCAGAAGAAGCUGGUGAUCUGCUCGAUGUUAUCGUAGGUGCCCACUCACAUUCACUGCUGCUGGACAAAGGUUCGAAGGUGCCAUAUGAUACGAAGUAUGAUACAAUUGAAGGAAACUAUCCGAUUGUGGUUGAGAAGAAAAAUAAGCAUAAGGUUCUUAUCACUCAGGCACGUUCCUUCGGUAAGUAUGUUGGACGUCUGACAGUGUACUUUGACCAGAACGGUGAGGUGCAGAGCUGGGAAGGACAUCCAAUUUAUAUGAACCACUCGGUCCAACAAGACGAAGACAUCCUGCGAGAACUGAAACCUUGGCGUGAAGCAGUUAAGCGUCUUGGAACUAAAGUUAUCGGGCAGAGUGAGGUGUUUCUGGAUCGUGAAUCGUGCCGUUGGUGUGAGUGUACAUUGGGUGAUCUGAUUGCGGAUGCAUUCGCGGAUAAGUAUACGAAUGGAACGUUUAGAGCGGUAGCAAUCAUACAAGCAGGAAAUUUCCGAAAUCCAAUCAAGAAAGGAGCUAUCACUAACGGGUUGGCGAUCGAAGCCGCCCCGUAUGGAUCAUCUGUCGACUUGCUAAAGUUGAGCGGUGCUGAUCUUUGGAGUGCAAUCGACCACUCGUUCACACUGGACGACGAGUUCCGGCUUAAUACGAUGCAAGUGUCCGGCAUGACGGUGAAAGUCGAUUUGGCCAAAAAACGUAACGAGCGUGUAAAAAGCAUCGAAGUGAUCAGUGCCGAUGGAUCAAUGAAACCAUUGAACAAGCAACAGUUCUACUACGUCGCUGCACCGUCCUAUCUUGCCGACGGAAAGGAUGGAUUUGAAAUGAUGAAAAGAGGCACGGAUCGUAUCACUGGACCGCUGGAUUCGGACGUGCUGAUCGAGUAUGUGCGGAAGCGCAAAACGAUCACGAAAAGUAUGUUUCAGCGGCAGCGCAUGGUAAUAGAAAAUCAUACGAACGGAACUUGUUCGUGGGAUACGGAAGGUGAAAGAUAUAAGCCCAAACGAGGAUAG